AGAUACAGGCUGAACCUUCUCUGACAGCAUUACAACCGCCACACUUUGCAUUUACUCAUGAAAGGAAGGCAGGCCCUUUUCGCAUCUGAAUACAAGGAGUAUUACUGGCUAAAGGAAAUGUGAGCGAGCAAAGGCAAACAUGACCAAUAUGCAGGAUGCUGUUCAAAUGGUUGUGCUGCUGAUCAAUAGCCUUGGAAUAUUAGGCUUGGGAACAGUGACAACAGAGGAUUCCCAAUGUCAGCGGGCUGAGCACCCUGUUAUUUCAAGUGAAGAAAUUGCUCCCUGGUUACAUGUGUUCAGAGCUGAAAAUGCUGUUGACUUUUCUCAGAUAACGUUUGAUCCAAGACAACAAGAGCUUAUUGUUGGAGCAAGAAACUACCUCUUCAGGCUACAUAUUGAAGAUCUUUCUCUGAUCCAGGGUGUUGAGUGGCGUUGUGAUGAGGCUACUGAAAAAGCUUGUUACAGUAAAGGCAAAUCAAAGGAAGAAUGCCAGAAUUACAUUCGUGUUCUCCUUAUUGGUGGGGACCGACUCUUUACAUGUGGAACUAAUGCUUUUACACCUGUUUGCACGAAUCGGACACUAAAUAACCUGGAAGAGAUACAUGAUCAGAUCAGUGGCAUGGCACGUUGUCCGUACAGCCCCCAACACAACUCCACAGCUCUCCUAGCAAGUUCUGGUGAGUUAUAUGCAGCAACCGUCAUGGACUUUCCAGGAAGAGAUCCUGCAAUUUACCGUAGCUUGGGGAUUCUUCCUCCUCUCCGGACAGCACAGUACAACUCCAAGUGGCUGAAUGAACCAAAUUUUGUGUCUUCCUAUGACAUUGGAAACUUCGUCUAUUUCUUCUUCCGAGAGAAUGCUGUGGAACAUGACUGUGGAAAAAUAGUAUUUUCUCGGGCGGCUCGAGUUUGUAAAAAUGACAUUGGAGGCAGGUUUUUGCUGGAGGAUACCUGGACCACCUUUAUGAAAGCUCGUCUGAACUGCUCUCUCCCUGGAGAAAUUCCAUUUUACUACAAUGAAUUACAGAGUACGUUCUUCCUGCCAGAACUGGACUUAAUCUACGGGAUCUUUACCACUAAUGUGAACAGCAUAGCAGUUUCAGCUGUUUGUGUAUUCAACAUGACUGCAAUAGCACAAGUCUUCAGCGGACCAUUCAAGUACCAGGAGAACUCUCGCUCUGCCUGGCUGCCUUAUCCCAACCCAAACCCUAAUUUUCAGUGUGGCACCAUGGACCAAGGCCUGUAUCUGAACCUGACAGAAAGGAAUCUCCAAGAUGCCCAGAAGUUUAUUUUGAUGCAUGAAGUGAUACAGCCUAUCACACCAGUUCCAUACUUCAUGGAGGACAACAGCCGUUUUUCCCAUGUGGUAGUGGAUGUGGUACAAGGCAAAGACAUGCUUUUCCAUAUCAUCUAUUUGGCCACAGGGUUCUAUGAAGACGUCUUCAUCUUCUGGGCUGACGACGUAGUGUCAAACCCCCUCAUGCCCACCAUGAUCUGGAUUACCUUUUGGAAGACCAUCAGAAACAAAGGCAUCUUAGAUUCUGUCACAUGCUGCCUGAUCUGCAGUUUCUUUCCUCAAAACCUUAAUAGCAUGUACACUAAUACAAGGAAUUUGACUGUGGAUGGCCAUUUUGGGACUUGGUCAGAGUGGAAGUCUUGCACACAUGUGGAUGGUUCCGGUGUAGGUUUUUGCCUCUGCAGAACUCGUUCAUGUGACAAUCCAGUUCCACAGUGUGGAGGGCGGCAAUGUGAUGGGCCAAGCAUAGAGAUUGUCAACUGUUCCAGAAAUGGAGGCUGGACUCCCUGGACAUUGUGGUCUCCCUGCAGCACCUCCUGUGGAAUAGGCUUUCAAGUCCGCCAACGUUCCUGUAGUAACCCCAGCCCUCGACAUGGAGGCCGUGUCUGUGUGGGACAGAACCGUGAAGAAAGGUAUUGCAAUGAGCACUUGCUGUGUUCCCCACAAGUGUUCUGGACUGGUUGGGGUGCAUGGGAACGUUGUACAGCCCAGUGUGGAGGAGGGAUUCAGGCCCGCCACAGAACUUGUGAGAAUGGCCCUGACUGUCCCGGCUGCAAUGUUGAGUUUCAAGCUUGCAACACCAGCCCCUGUCCAGAACUGAAAAAGACCACGCCAUGGACACCGUGGAGUCCAGUGAACAUCUCCGACAAUGGUGGCCACUACGAACAACGGUUCCGAUACACAUGCAAGGCCCGGCUGCCCGAUGCGAGCCUGUUAGAUGUAGGAAGGCAGCGGAUUGAAAUGCGUUAUUGUUCUAGUGAUGGUUCCACCGGAUGCUCCACAGAUGGUGAUUUCAUGCACUCUGGACGUUAUGCUGCUCAUACUAUUAAUGGUGCCUGGUCUCCAUGGUCUCCAUGGUCUCAGUGUAGCCGUGACUGCAGCAGAGGCAUUCGGAAUCGGAAGCGUACUUGCAACAAUCCUGAACCAAAGUAUGGUGGCCUGCCUUGCCUGGGGCCAUCUCUCGAAUACCAAGAAUGCAACAUUCUCCCAUGCCCAGUUGAUGGAGGCUGGUCUUGUUGGUCAUCAUGGUCCAAGUGCUCUACUACUUGUGGAAGUGGGCAUUACAUGCGGACUCGCUCGUGCACAAACCCUGCACCAGCUUAUGGAGGUGAUAUCUGUCUAGGCCUCCACACUGAAGAAGCACUCUGCAAUACGCAGCAAUGCCCAGAGAGCUGGUCUGAGUGGUCAGAGUGGUCUGGCUGCAAAUCAUCUGGAGUCCAGUUUCGCACCCGCCAUUGUAAUGUUUUAUUUCCUGUGGGUCACCAGUGCUCUGGAAACACCACUGAGAAUCGACCAUGUGUUUUGGAUUCCAACUUCAUUCCAGAAAUAACAGUAGCAAGGACCAGGAGCAUCAAAGAAAAACGAUGUGGAGAGUUCAAUAUGUUCCACAUGACUGCUGUGGGGCUGAGCAGUUCCAUUCUUGGGUGUCUUCUGACUCUUCUGGUUUACACUUACUGCCAACGAUAUCAGCAACAAUCCCAUGAUGCAACAGUCAUCCAUCCAGUGUCUCCGGCUCCUCUUAAUACCAACAUCACGAACCAUAUCAACAAGCUGGACAAAUACGAUUCUGUGGAAGCCAUUAAGGCAUUUAACAAAAACAAUUUGAUCCUGGAAGAGCAAAACAAGUAUUUUAAUCCGCAUCUUACAGCAAAGGCUUAUUCCAAUGCAUAUUUUACAGAUUUGAACCACUAUGAUGAAUAUUAAAAGGGGUACUGUACAAUACCUAUUUUUCCUUGGGUUGUGAACUGUCACAAGACGUUCAGAUGUACUAGUGACAUGCUACCAGUUGCUGCAAAAGAGUCAGGGAUUUCCUGUCAAAAAUGAUGUACUUCAGAACAAUAUUUGCAUUGCCUAAUUACACUGAGACCUAUGAACAAGGAAGUAGUGGACCAUUUUGUAUAGGUCAAGUGGCUUAGGUCAGUGUACUACCUUUCUACUCAUCACUUGUUUCAACUUACCACAGUUGUCUAAGGCUGACUAAAGACUUCCAUUCGAUUUUCACAGGAGAUAACUUUUCUACACAUGGAAGACUCAACAGUAGAUUUUUGAAUGCAACUACAUUGAUUGUCUGGCAGUAAGCCCUAACAGCUUCAUCCUCCAUUUCAGGCUGAUGAUACUUUAGCCUGUGUUUAGCUGACUCUUGGACACUUGGCAUCAUAAAGCUGUUUUGAACUUCAAAGCAGAGAACAUUAUGGCAAGGCUUCAAGCAAUACUUGCAAAGCAGGUGCAGCACUAGCAGGCGAGAGAGGCACUCACAUGUAUAAAUGGUGGAAUAAAUCAAGAAACAAACAUGCACACUUCAUCUGUUUCAGUCUGACAGGACAGGGGCAUCUGUAUAAAGGAAGCAGCAGGAGGCUCACUGAAUUAGUCUUGUGUGUUGUUGCCGCAUGGACUCGUGCAUAAGGUACACCUCUUCCAGCAUAAGUGCAAGGAGGCCUAUUGGGUUGGUUUGUUGUGGCAUUAACAAACCCACCAGAGCAUACAGUUGAUUUGUAGAUCAACCAUUUCCUUUGCCUAGUCCUGCUGAGGUAUAGACAGAAAGCACAAAUGAUUUCUUUUAAAAAUAUUCAAGGAACAAUGACAUAAAAUGUAUUGAGUGAUGCACUAUUAUAACAGUUUCAAUGCAACUAGGGCUGCAAUCCUAUACCCAUUGAUUUGAGAAUUAGCCUCACUGAGCUUCGUGGGACCUACUUCCCAGUAGACACAGAUUGGACUGUACUCCAAAUGAACUUUACCUUCAUGUCCAGGCUGUGUAAAUAAUUUAAGGGCUUAGGUGUGCAAAAAGGUGGUGUUAGUUUUGACAGAUACAACACUGUACUGUCAUGAAAAAAAACAUCUGGUUCACAUUUGGUAUGAAUUCACUGCCCUGUUGCUUGGUUGAUUUUUUUUUAACCAAUUGAUCUCUUUCAAUGAAUGUGAAGCAUUAGAUUUAAAUGCUUCAACAAACUAGUGACAGAAAAAUGUAUGUUUCAAAUGUUUCUUCCUAAAGAAAACACCAAAUAAGAUGUUGCAUAUUUUAGUAGCAGAAAAAGAAUGAAUAAGGGCAAAAUUCAGGGCUGUUUUUACCUUGGAUGCAUGCACGACAUGCUUGAUUCUUAGGGCUCAGCUUGUACAGUCAGCUUCUUCCACUUUUGCUUGCUCCAAACAUAUGAGUUUGAAGCUUUGUGCCUCGGGCCAAUGGCCUGCACUUUAUUCCAGCAGUCCCCAUGUUUGUAUUCAUAAGCUGAGGGCCUAAUACAGAAGAAGAAAGAUUUAUGUGUAAACAGCCUCCUGCCUACUUGGGACUAACUGGACCCCUGUUCACUUCACUUGUGCAUUUACAAGAUAGUCCUGGGGCCUUUAAAAGGCUGAGUUCCAAUAGAGUUAAGAUUUCUUCUGUGUCCCUGGAAAAUGCUGGGGUGGCAAAGUUCCUCUUUUGAACUAUAGGUCCAAGAUGCCCUAGCCAGCAUGGUUACUAUCCAUGCUGGCUAGGUGAUUCUGGGAAUUGCAGUCCAAAAGAGAAACAUUUCCAAACUGCAGUAGAAAUUGUAUUUUUUGCUCUAUGGCUCUUCUUCUUUAUUAUACUGAGUCAGAAGCACACAUCUCUGAGUAUGAGUAGCUGGGAAGGGAUUCAAGGCUGAAUGAAAGGCAACCAAACUUGGCGAGGAAAUAAAAGAAAAAAGACAGCUUACACUUGGUUAAAUGUGCUGAAAGAAGCAUGUCUCAAGCAGCUUUUACUAAGGUGCUGUUCCCCCGAAACCCUACUAAAUGCUUCCUCCAAAUGUAUUAGAAUGCUAUCUCUACUUGUGUGGCUGUUUUUGUUCUGUCUGACCAUGGCUGCAAUUGAGUCUCUGUAUUUGUAAUUAUUCUUCACCAUACAAAUCUCAGUCCUAAGAGCCGUAAUCAUGCAAAAAUCCUACAGGCAACCACCCUUGUACUGCAUUUGGAGUCUCUAUGUUUGGGGCUGGUUUAAAUGUAUUGGGAGCAUGAGGAAGGACCAAGUGAGUUUUUAAUCCAGAGCUGCACCCUGAUCUGUCUCCUGUCCCACACUGUGGAUGUAUUGAAAGUUGGAACUCUGCCUAAGAUCCAUGAAAGUCAGAAAUAAAGAUCAGAGAUCAGGUCUCUUGAGAUUGGAGCUCUGUUUCUCACCUCUGAUUGGGAAUCUCUUUUGUUGCUCCUUUAGACACCUUCCCAAAGGCCAAAGAGAGAUACAAUCUAGUGAUUCAUUAUAUAAUUUGGGGGUAUAGAAUGUCUAUUUUAAAGGAAUAGCACCCCCUGUCCCUAUCCUGCUUGCCAAAGUUGCAUAGAAGCCCUGAAGCCUCAUGGUUAGUUUGUUCCCAUACCUCAAGAACUAUUGAAGUAGGCUCUAUUUUCUUCCCUUUUGUCCUUUUUGUCCCUGGGAAUGGUUUUUUAAACAUUCUGUUUCAUGCAGUACUAUAGCUGUCAUGACUCUCACAGUCUGGCUUUUCUUCUCUUCCUGCUUUAGCAGUGAAUUCACCCUUUUAUGAUGCCCACCUGCCAUCCAGGUGAAGGCUUUUCCUUAAUAACAUUUCCUGAUGUUAUUUUAAAAAUAUUUUAACCAUGGUAAUUGGAAAACUUGUGUCUUGCAGGCUCAACUUCCACCUUUUAUACACAUGGCCUGAGUUAAGGAGACCUUGUAAUCUCUAGAUUUUAAAUGCAUCUAAAUCUGUUGAAUGUCUUUAAGGUUUUCAAUUAUAUUAGCUGUUGUUACACCUGUACUGUGCCAGUUUUUGGUGUGUUUAAGGGGUUUGGGUCCAGUACAUUUAAACAGUCUAACUCUGGAUUAGACUGAUAUUGUCAUACUUUCUGUGCAGUACAAAUGCAGCAGUGAUAUUUUAAAGACCCCUUUUGCUGUCAUUUGUGGAAGCUGCUGGGUCCCCCACCCCCCGAAAUUACCCAAAUUUUCCAGCCUUCCUUAAUCUUUGAGUGGACCAAACAUUGUUUCAGGCCAGCAGAAGUCUCUUGUGAUUUAACAUAGGAGGAAAACUAUAUUCCUGUACAGUGGUGCCUCGG